CCUAAGCCAAAGCAGAGGCAGCGGAUAUAAAUACAAAUAUUUGUGUUGCAAAAUGAAGUUAUAAUACAUAAAAAUAAUUAAAACUUGAUUUAAGAGAAACGCCAGUAUGACGUAUCUUGAUAAAAUAUGCCGUGCAUGUCUGAAUGUCAAAGAAUCUUUCAAAUAUGUUCUAUUUGAUAAUGUUUCACCAGAAUUGUAUUCAUUUUGUACAUCAGUUGAAGUGUACCAAAAUGAAAAUUUACCUAAGACAAUAUGCGACAGCUGCUACGAUAUUCUUACAAAAUUUUUCAAUUUUAAACAAACAUGCAUCAAAUCCCAAAAUACUUUACUUGAAUGUAAAAACAAUGUGAAAACAGAAAAUGUAACAGAUCUUCGUGAUGUUGAUAUAGGGAUACAGGAAAAUGAUGAUCAUGACUAUGAAAGUGGAUUUGAACCGGAGGCCAUUAAGAUGGAACAAAAUGUAGACAAACUUAUAGAUGAUGAUUACAAUGAUAUUAGGACUGAUAAUGCUAUUACAGACAAUGACUCAUCUAGUUGUAAUAGAAAAAAAAAGAAGAAAGGUUCUAAAAAACUACAAGAAAUGUCAUCGAAACAUUUGAUUGAAAAUUCUGUGUCAAAAAUAAAUUUAACAUGUAAAGGAAAAAGAAGGAAGCUAAUUUUGAUCUGUAAAAUUUGCAAAAGAAGCUACAGUUUACCAGAACGAUAUGAAGCACACAAAUUGGAACAUGAGGGUAAAAAAGUAACAAUACGUUGUCCUGUAUGUGACAAGAUAUUUGUAACAUGGAGUGGUCUGUUUAGGCACAAGGCGAGGCACACACAUCUCGAACGUUUCAAAUGUCGCACGUGUGGCAAAGAAUUUAAGACCAGAAACACACUUCGCAUGCAUCGCGACACGCAUAAAGAACGAAAGUUCUGUAUAUGUGAUGUUUGCGGAAAGAAUUUCCUUUCACUCAGUAGUUUAAAGAAUCAUUUAGAAAUUCAUAACGAAAGUAGAGAAAAAAAAUAUGAAUGUGGUGAAUGCGGAAAGAAAUUUUAUGCAAACCCAAAUUUAAGAAGUCACAUAUCGAAACACCACAGAGAGAGAAAAAAAUUUAUAUGUCAAAUAUGUUCAUUUCCAUUUACAGAUAAAUAUUGUUUAAUAAAACAUUUGCGCUUACAUGAAGGUUUGAAGUUAUUCAAAUGUGAUAUAUGUGAGAAAUCCUAUGCAAGAAAAAUAGCUUUAAUAGAACACAAAAGAGUACAUUCCGGAGAGAGACCAUUUACAUGUACAGACUGUCCGAAGAGUUUCCCAACUAAGCAAAGACUAAAUGAACAUUAUAGAACACAUACAGGUGAAAAACCACAUAAAUGUGUAGUGUGUAAUCAGAGCUUUUCACAACGAGGUACAAUGAAGAGGCAUAUGAAGGUACAUGAUAAAUUGCCUACUACCCACAUUUAAUUGAUGGGUAGUUAUAAAAAAAACCGAAGUGGUACAAGCAAUGAUUACCAUCAAAUAUGCCAAAGAAUACCGCGUCACACUGCACAUUCAGAAAGAUUGAAAUAAAACAAAUGUUUUUAAUUAAUCGAUUACCCUUUUUUAUUACUAAAACUUAAAGCUGAUUCCUAACACUUUGAUAUCACGAUUCAUAAAAAAUUGACUGAUUUUAUUUCUACGCGUUACACGCUUUAUAUUAUUUGAUAUAAAGUUUUGUGAGUUGUACAGACUGGCUGG